GAGCGUUUUUUCGUCUUCUUCAAAUUACAGAGAAGCUUUCACUCCACACUUGCUGUAUAUUUGCUCCAAACGUGACGAGGAGCACGACAAUGGAUUUGAUAAUCCCUCUCAAACCCCAAAAUUUACUCUUAAAGUCGAAGACUUGUAGUUCCCCAACUUUCUUCAUUGCUCCUGCGCUUCGAGGUAGGGUACAGACCUCCAGUCCAUCGCGGACGCAGCCACCCAAAAUUAGGGUUCGGUCGGAGUUCGACGGGAAGGUGAACGGUGCGCUAUUCGCUGAAUUUGACCCUCGUUUUAUCGAUCGGCAAAAGGCGCUAGAUGCCGCCAUGAACGACAUAAAUAGCUCUUUCGGAAAAGGGAGCGUUACGAGACUGGGAAGUGCUGGUGGAGCUAUGGUAGAAACUUUUCCAAGUGGCUGUUUGCCGCUGGAUUUUGCUUUAGGUGGCGGCCUUCCCAAAGGAAGAAUUGUAGAGAUUUAUGGCCCAGAAAGUAGCGGAAAGACUACCCUAGCUCUCCAUGCAAUUGCGGAAGUGCAGAAGCUCGGGGGGAAUGCCAUGCUUGUUGAUGCUGAACAUGCUUUUGAUCCCGCAUACUCGAAAGCAUUGGGAGUGGAUGUCGAGAAUUUGAUAGUUUGCCAGCCGGAUAAUGGAGAGAUGGCGCUAGAGAUUGCUGAUCGCAUGUGUAGAUCCGGUGCUGUUGAUGUCAUUUGCAUCGAUUCAGUCUCGGCACUUACUCCGCGGGCUGAAAUUGAAGGCGAAAUUGGAAUGCAACAAAUGGGCUUGCAAGCGCGCCUUAUGAGCCAAGCUUUACGGAAAAUGUCGGGCAAUGCUUCCAAGGCUGGAUGUACUCUUAUAUUUUUGAAUCAAAUCAGACACAAGAUCGGUGUUUAUUAUGGAAAUCCCGAAGUCACAAGUGGUGGAAUCGCUUUAAAGUUCUUUGCAUCUGUCCGACUUGAGAUACGUCCCAUCGGGAAGAUUAAAUCUGUUAAAGGAGACGAAGAUGUCGGGCUUAAAGUCCGUGUAAGAGUUCAGAAGAGUAAGGUGUCGAGACCAUACAAGCAAGCCGAGUUUGAAAUCACAUUUGGCGAGGGAGUCAGCAAACUGGGCUGUGUGUUGGAUUGUGCUGAAAUGACAGAUGUCGUCUUAAAGAAGGGUGCCUGGUACAGCUACGCGGAUCAAAGGUUGGGACAAGGCAGAGACAAAGCAUUACAAUUCCUGAAAGAAAACCCGAUUCUAUCUGAAGAAAUAGAGAAGAAAGUUCGAGCAGCCGUGACUGAAGGGAUCGGCCAAGUAGGCUCGUUUGCAAAAUCCUCGUUGUCGUUACCCGACGAGGAAGACGGUUUCGAAGAAACACAAUGAAGUGAGAAUUGACGUGCCUCGCCUGCCCGUUCGAUGAAGAAUCGAUUGUUUCGGGGGCCCCAAAUCCGAACCCGAACCUCUUUAGUGAGUCUUCUUCCUCCCUUUGUUUCUUUUAGCCUUUGGGGGAGCAGUGAUAGAAAUGUGUAGUGAUUGUUGAGAAGGAAAUGAUGAUGUCUUGGUUGGGUUGAAUUAAUGAAUUAUUACGAGUAUUUAUUUACCAAA